GGUUGGGGGGUGUUGUCCCCGUCUACAUCUCUGCUCUGGGACAUAACAUCAGGAAAGCCUGAAGUGAUUCACUGAUGAGUCAACAGCUAUGAGCUAUAAAGCCACAGCACUGAUGGAGUCUAAGCAUGACACAGCUCGCUCACCUAAAGGUGGAUGUUCUUCUCUUCUCAAAGCACAAACCCUCUCACUCCCAAGGAAGGCAUUAUGGCUGUGUACCCUGCUCUUUUUUGCUCCUGUGUAGUGACGGUACUGACGCUCACCAACGGCCGUGCUCUACCUACAGACAGCCUGAAAAACUCUGUCAAACUUCAAGUCGAGAACAUCAUCUCCAGAAUCCAGAAACACAAAGAUGAGUUCCCAAUCCUCCAUAAAAUGAUCCUGGAUAGUCCUGAGCUCCUGCCCGAGCUGCAGUCUGAUAAACCCAUCGAGGGUCUGAGCUCCAUGGUGGAGAUGCUGAACAACUUCCAGCGAGUCCUUCACAGCCUGCCCAAGGGUCACAUGAGCCAACUGCACAGUGAUGUAAGCACACUGCAGCACUACCUGGAAGACAGGAUGAGCUCACUGCAGUGCACACACAGGAUAACAGGCACAGAGAAGAACCUGGAAGACUUCCUGAAAAACCACAGCAUGUACUACAUCACCGUGCGUCACGUGGCUCUGGACAGACUGCAGAAAUACAUACAGAGGCUCAACCACAAUCUAGAGCAGCUGAGAACAUGCUGAACACAAUGAUCCCUGUGUUGCUUCUGUUUUGUUUUGACUAUAAUUAUUAUUAUUAUUGCAUUGUUUCUGUUGUUCUAUUUAUUUAUAUGAACGUAUUUAUGGACCAAAUAACUAUUUCCUAUUUUAGUUUAUUUUUUUAUGUUUGAAUGUAUUUAAUUAAUUCAUUUGUGAACCAGACAUGACGUUCCCAUCGGUCUUCACGUUCACACAUGCAUGCACACAGACACACACGUUAUACAUGCUGACAUCAGCACCAGCCUUGUAUUCCCAGUGACGUCGCAGUGUUACCGGAAGACUCCUGACCGAUCGUGCUGGGAAGCACAAAUCCUCUUACCCUCUUCCUGACCACCAGCAGACAAUCACUAUGGAUCUGAAUGCACUAUAAUUUUAACAUACUGUAUACCGUUAGCUUAUUUUGAUGUCAUUUGCAUCUGUGAAUUACCUUAAGGAUGUAAGCCAUUUAUUUCUCAUAUAUUCAAGCUCACUGAAAUAAAAAGCACAGUUCUCUAA